GUGCGCUCUACAAGACGGUGGUCACAGUCACCACUGCAUAAAAGCAUGUGGCUGUAUUCGCUAUGAUAUCUGUAUACGAAGGCGGACACAUCCUAUAGCUAUAUCCUGUAUCUGCACAAGUGUCGGUGGCAGCAUUUCCUCACGUGCCGCUUCUGCGCUUCAGCGCUUAGCACACCAGUCAUGAACGGAACCGUGCCGUAACCGUUCCGUGUCUGAACGGAUAACAUAAAUUCACCUUGACAUGCAUUUAUUUCAGGCAGAAUCUUGCUAGUGGACGAACGUGUAAUCUAUCUAUAUUUUAUAAUGCACAACGAAAAAUUAAUAGAAUUAGUCAGGUACUAUAGUUUUUUAUACAAUCAGGAAGAUAAAAGUUAUAGUGAUAAUGAUAAAAAGGAUGCUGCCUGGAAAGAAAUUGGAAAAAUGCUAAAUGAACCAGCUAAACAUUGCAAAAAACAAUGGAACAGUUUGCGAGAUAGUUUUCGCAGAUCACUAAGGAAAAGGAAAGAUACAAAAAGCGGACAAGCCGCAAAUAAAAUUAGAAAAUGGAGAUACGAAGAUGAAAUGUCAUUUUUAAUUCCAUAUAUGAAGGAAAGAGAAACUAUUACCUCAGUACAAGUACACGUCAGUGACGAAUCUAAUGAUGAACUGGAUGACGUCAAUACGAUAGAAGACAAUAGCAAUUUAAUAGAAAGAUCAUCAUCUUCUAAAGUUAGCGACAUACCAAUAGAAACAUUCAGAAGAAAGAUGAAAAGAGAACCAGCAACAGCAGUAUUAAUGGAUUAUGCUUCAAGUAAUACUAAUAGGACCAUAAAUGAAGAACAACAAACUAUGGACGACAUAGAUUUAUUUUUUAAAAGUAUAGCGUUAACUGUUAAAAAACUAUCACCAUACAAUCAAAUAAUAGCUAAAGCUCGCGUUUCCUCUGUGAUAUCCGAAUUACAAAUACAAGAACUUUCCAAUACAAAUCGCCAACAUUUUUCAUCAGAGUCACUAAAUUCAUCAGCCGUUUCAACACCCACACCGUCACCAUGUACACUAGAGUCACUACAAACGAUCAAUCCACAGCAACCAACCAACACUUAAAUAAAUUCGAUGCACAUAUAUAGAUAAAUAAUUUAAUUUUUAUAUGCUUUUCAUUAAUAAAAAGAUUUACCUCAAACAUA